AGAGUUAGACUUUCAUCCUUUUAAACUCAUAAAAUAUAAAGCUUGAUAUCGUUCCUAUAAUGUAUAUUUUUAUAGGUAGAGUGUAGACCACAACAUAUGAACGCCUAAUUUAGAUAGAUCUCAUACAUUAUGUUGGAUGAAAACUUGAAAGCAAGGUCCUUUUCAGCCUAUCAAAAUUGCUAAAAGACUAAGUCAAUUCAAACAAACACAACAAUUCAUUAACCCAUACCAUUGUGAUAAAUUUUUGUUAGGUGAAUACUUCUAUACUAACCGUAAGAUAAUUGUCUUAGUUGCAUAUAUUUAUGUUAAGGGUCAAUUAUAACUAUGUGUUGAUUGUUAUGUUUUAUUCAUUAUAUUUUUUUUAUGAGAAUGUUUUAUUCAUUAUAUAAAUUGUGAAUUGAUAAUUUAACCGAAAAUUUUCUCACUUAAUGAUAAUAUGAUUUUAUAUUGGUUAAUCUGGUUAACCAAUUAACCAAACCGAUUAACUUUUAGUUUGGUUAAUUUGUUUGUUGUAUUAGUUUGGACGGUUUGGUUAUGAUAUUGUAUUUCCUGGUUAAUGAAAUUUAGCCUUAUUUGAUUUGGUAAUAACCAUGGUAAUCAUUUGAACACCCCUAAUUAAAUCACUAGACUAGAGGAGCAAUUGAAAAGAAUAAUUAGAGAAAAAUGGUCUAAUUGAGCUUUGCGUGACUGAAAAUUAGACUAACCAACGGCUCUCGUUAAGCUCCUCUAGCAAAAACUCCAGUGCAGCCCCACUAGAUCUUCUCUGUUUGUUGUUUAAUUUGCCAACUUCACAAUAAAAGAAAAUCGGAUUGUGACGGUGGGCGAGAACCGCGGUGUCGUUUUCAUCUGAUUUCUCUGCAAAACCCAUGCAUUAAUUAAUUAAUACUUAAAUAGAGGAGCCUAGAAACCUGGAAACCUCACAAGAUCGCAGCACACUCUUCCAAAAACUGCUGGGAAGCAAGCAAGUCAAUUCCCUCGCUUCCAUUCUGUCAAUAUAAAAUCACAGGAAUAAAGGAAAAACAAUCAAUUAAUCCCCUUUGAAAAGCAAAAGUUGCAGGAUUUCUCGUGAGGGAUCACAGGAGGCUAGCCAGCCAUAAAUUGAAGCCCAUCACUCACCACCAGCUUCAGCAUCUCAUUCACGCACUUCCAUCACUUCCCCAGUUUCUACUGACGGUCUAAAAUCAAACAGUUAACUUUGAUUGGGUUCUAGAAGCUAGCUUGGCUGCGCUGGUGGGGUGAUUGAAUCUUCUGAAUCAUCCUUUUGGUUAGUUCUGAUUCCUCUUUUUGCAUUCUACCUCCAUUCUGUUGCUCAUUUGCAUGCUCAACUUUGUUGGGUCGAAGUGUUCUUAUUUCUGGGUAAGCUAAAGUUGUGAUCUUUCUAGACUUCUGCAACUUGGGUAUUGAUCAGCAUGAUUCUAGCUUUCCUGGGUUUGCAUUACUCCAUUCCAUGAGUCACUGAUGAGUGCAGCUUCAGCAUGUGGAGGAGUACACAGUGGAAAAAAUUGUUAACUUCUAUUUUCCUACUUUAUGUGAUCUGCAAUUUACUUGGUUACUUCUUUUGGGGCUGAUUUCCUUUAUCGGGAUCCGUUGCCCUUCUUUAAUUUGUGAUGAAAUUGCAAGAUUUCCUCUAGAUUGGGAUUCAUUUCUCCUUCUGGGUUUUGCUUAGAGAGAAAGAGAGAGAGAGAGUUAGGUUGCUCUCCUGCUGAAAUGGGUUCCUUGGAAGCCAGUACCCUUCUGGUAAACAAAGAGUUUUUGGGUGAAAAGAUUAGAGGAAGUUUGUACAACGAAGUUUUCAGUCUACCGAGGGAGCAGCUGAAGAAGUCUCAGAUGAAUAAGGCAAAUCCGGGUGUAGCCUUCUCAGUUUUAACUUCAAGCAACGGCCGAGGAACUGUGACCUUACAACCACAGCCAAAGCUGGAGAGAAAGAGAGUGGAUCCGAAAGAUGUGGCUUCAGUAAUACUUGGAGGAGGCGCAGGGGCUCAGUUGUUUCCUCUCACCAAAAGGGCUGCAACUCCAGCUGUACCAGUAGGUGGAUGCUACAGGUUGAUAGAUGUUCCAAUGAGCAACUGCAUCAACAGUGGGAUAAACAAGAUCUUUGUGCUGACACAGUUCAAUUCGACAUCACUCAAUAGACACUUAGCUCGCACUUACUUUGGAAAUGGUAUCAACUUUGGGGAUGGAUUUGUGGAGGUUCUAGCAGCAACUCAAACUGCUGGGGAAGCAGGCUUGAAUUGGUUCCAAGGAACUGCUGAUGCUGUCAGGCAAUUCAUAUGGGUGUUUGAGGAUGCAAAGAACAGGAAUGUCGAGAAUAUAGUAAUCUUGUGUGGCGAUCAUCUCUAUCGAAUGGAUUACAUGGAUUUUGUGCAGCAACAUGUUGACAGGAAUGCGGAUAUCACCAUUUCAUGUGCACCAGUUGGUGAAAGCCGUGCUUCGGAUUAUGGGCUGGUGAAAUUAGACAGCAGGGGUAGAGUAAUUCAGUUUGCUGAGAAGCCAAAGGGUGCUGACCUCAAAGCAAUGCGAGUGGAUACGACUCAUGUAGGUUUGUCUCAGCAAGAAGCCAAGCAGUCACCGUAUAUUGCAUCAAUGGGAGUCUAUGUGUUCAAGACAGACGUUCUGUUGAAACUUCUGAGGUGGAGAUUUCCAACAGCAAACGACUUUGGCUCUGAAAUCAUCCCUGCAGCUGUCAUGGAGCAUGUAGUUAAUGCAUACAUGUUCAGAGACUACUGGGAGGAUAUAGGAACGAUCAAGUCAUUCUAUGAAGCUAACUUGGCUCUCACCGAAGAGACUCCGAUGUUUGAGUUUUAUGACCCCCAGAAACCCAUUUACACAUCUCCAACGUUCUUGCCACCAACCAAAAUCGACCAAUCCCGGAUUGUGGAUGCAAUAAUCUCGCACGGUUGUUUCUUAAGAGAAUGUUCUGUCAAGCAUUCAGUUGUUGGUGAGAGAUCUCGUCUUGAUUCUGGUGUAGAACUAGUGGACACUGUGAUGUUAGGAGCAGAUUACUACCAAACUGAAGCUGAGAUAGCAUCUCUUCUGGCAGACGGGAAAGUCCCUAUUGGCGUUGGGAGGAACACCAAAAUAAGGAAUUGCAUGAUUGAUAAGAAUGCAAAGAUAGGGAAAGAUGUGGUGAUCAUGAACACAGAUGGUGUUGAAGAAGCUGACAGGCCAGAAAUGGGAUUCUACAUUCGGUCCGGAAUCACAAUUGUCGCUGAGAAGGCGACGAUCGAGGAUGGAACCGUCAUAUAAAUAUCCUGGUUCUGAAGUGUGAUGUGAGAGGACAAUCCAGAAAGUGGUCGUUGGUGCUUCUUUCAGAGGAAAGGUCGCAGUAGGUUUUGGAAAUGGCAGCAAAGGAAAACCCUGAUCAGAAGAAGCAAAGCAUGGCAGGAACUUGAUGUACAAGUAAUGUAAAAUAGAACCAAACUCUUUCCUCCCCACAUUAAAGUGCGGUCCAUUUUGGCCACCCAAGCUGAAAGUUUAGUGAAAGAGAGCUAGAGAAGUAGACAGAGGCAGCUUUGGAGAUGAGAGUUGGGAUCUUUGUGUAUGGAUAUAUGAAACAUAAAUAACAUACAGGACUGCAUCAGCUUGAACUAUCCCCUCUUAUUAUGUAAUUUCAGAUGGAUAUGGUUAAUAAAAGGUUCUUGAAUAU